CUCUUUGACGUUUUCUAUUUCUCAUGCAAGCGGCCACACUAACGCGCGUGUGAAUCAACUUCGCUACACGUUUGCAUAGUUUUUAUUGCAAUAAAAGUGCAUUUCGGUAUUCAAACAGUACGGAUCUAUCGAAACCGGGAACAUACGGGACUAGUAAGCAGGAAUCACAAUCCAGCGGCUUACAAGAUGACCAGCAAGAAGGUAAAAGUUCAAUCGCACGAAGAAGAUGAAGCCGAGCAGAUGGAGGCAAAGAGCGACAGCGGCGAAGAUUCCAGCGACGACGAAAAUCCGGACAUCUACAAGGGUGACGAGGGCAUAACGGUGGACUUCGAGGGACGCAACCCGAUCGAUUCGGACUCCGAUGGGAUCAAGCAGAUGCUGGGACAGCUUUUCGUGAAGGCGCAUAUCGAUUUGAACGAGCUUUCCGGAUUAAUCAUCGGACAAAAUUACGUAGGAAGCGUGCUGAAGCAAGCCUACACCGAUGACGAUGACGAGGAGGAGGACGAAGACAUGGAAGAUCCGUGUCAAAUCGUGUUCGGAGUCACAACGGCCAUCAAUCUUACCAAUAAGCAGGAUCACCCAUGUAUAAAACAGCUUCAAAAAUUGAUAUUUGAAAAGGCGGAAAAAUAUGCCACUGAUUCUGUGCUGAAGCUGUUUCGCGAAGCCCUGCAAAGCGGAUCCAAAAGUACCGCCCUGCUGUUGAAUGAGCGCUUUGUGAACAUUCCGGCCGCGGUUUGCGUUCCGAUGUUUGAGAAUCUGAUCGUGGAAAUGGAUCGGGCCCGAGUAAAGGGAAUGCCAUACAAGUUCGACUACUUCCUAAUGUUCGUUAAGUACUAUCAGAAGGCUGCCGCCGGAUCGAAGGCCGCGGAAGUGCUGUACUCAAACGACGAGGAGGAGUACUUCAUCAAGGACAGCUUGGCGAGCUUUGACUAUUCGGUACAGAAGGAAACCACGACGGCCCUGGCCGGGAAUUGGUUGGAAGAAGACGAAGAACUGCAGCCGUUCAGGAAGGUUUUGCUCAUCGAAGCCAACAAGCUGCCGGAUAUAAUUGGCACGGUGAAGAGCUUGAUCGCUGGAGCGGUCAGUAACUAAAUUUAAGGCAGACAAUAUACAAAUACAGAGGAGUGGAUUUCCCUA